AUGGUGGCUAAACAAAGCUCAGAACCGCGACCACCCGAUUUCCGUGAUAUGGAGUCAGUUUGGAAAGUAACCGUGUUUGCCGACUGCAGUCAAGAAGAAAAUCAGGAACUUAAAGCACAGGUAGAGUUACUCACUCGUCAGCAUCAGUCAGUUCUUUCUCAGUUACGAAAGUUACAAGCGGCGCUUGGUCAGAGUACCCGUCGUGGAGCACAGGCCGGCACGUGCCUUGCAGUUUUGUUGCUUUCCGUCUGCCUUCUGGUGGCACCGCAUCUGAACCCUCUGCAGACGAAACAGAGAGCAGUAGAUUCUGAAGAAGCAUCUCGAGCAGCCGCACGUCAACCGCAUAACCUUAGUCUGCAAGAGGUGACAAGGCGAGCACCAUCGCAAGGUACAGCUCGCUCGCGGACCCUCAUGGAAUAUGUAUCGAAAGGAGGUGGUCAAUGCCCACAAGUACCAGAGGCACCAGCCGCUGUUGAACCAACGAUGACAACAACGAAGCCCAUAGGAUCCGACGGGGCUACUCAAGUUCGUUUUAGAGGAGCUGGUUCAAUGACAACACCGUCCGGUAUCGUGGCAGGUGGAAUAAAUUAUAUACCGGAUCCGAAGCUUGACUAUCCAACAGCAGAAACCAUCGUCUACACCACUCAACCAACCAACGGCCGGCUAACGAACUUUACAAAUCAACAACAUCAACGUAUUUACACAACACAUCCACAUCAACAAGUUCAAAGCCAAUACCGUACGCAGCCGCCUCCGAUGAAGCGAUUCAAAGCGGAACUAAUCUGA